UCCGGAAAAACCAAAUAUAGGUAACAUAAACAGAGAGAUUGCUGCAACACAAAAAUAAUUCUGACUUAAGAUUCCAAAUAUAAUUUAGCACCAAAACGCCUUUUGAUUCUCAAGAAUCUAACCCAACAAAUAUCAAUAGAACUUGAUCGAUUAGAAACCCUCCAAAUACAACAAGAAUUGGAACAAGAACCGCCUCUUUCUUGCUGGUGGCAGCAACAUAUAUCUGCCUAUUUGUAUAUAAUACAAUAUUGUUAUCGUGUUAUAUAUUCGAUAUAUAGGGAGAAAGAAAGAAAAAAGAAAGGAAGAAAGAAAAAGAUGCUAACUAUUAAGAAAGUUCCUACGGUGGUUUCAAAUUAUCAGGAGGAUGACAGUUCUGAUACAAGCUUUGAAGGGUGUGGGCGUGAUUGCCUUGGAAACUGUUGUUUACCUGGAUCAAAUUUGCCUUUAUAUUCCUUUAAGAAAGAUGGAGAGAAUUUAUUGCAAAAUGGCGAGAUGAAAUUUUCCAAAGAGCAGCCUCAAAUUUGUUUCCUGCACAAUCUGUUGUUGGGUCAAUGGGAAGAUCGAAUGUGUCGUGGCCUUCUUCGCUAUGAUGUGACAGCUUGUGAGACAAGGAUCAUUCCUGGAAAAUAUGGGUUUAUUGCACAGUUAAACGAGGGUCGGCAUCUCAAGAAAAGACCUACUGAGUUCAGGGUUGACAAUGUACUUCAAUCAUUUGAUGAUAGUAAAUUCAAUUUCACUAGAAUUGGACAAGAAGAAGUGCUUUUCAGGUUCGAGCAAGGCCAAGAAAACAUGAGCCACUUCUUCCCUAAUCCACCUCCUUCAGCUGAUGACUCUAGUUCUCCUAGUAUUGUAGCUAUCAAUGUAAGCCCCAUUGAGUUUGGACAUGUUCUGUUGAUACCUCGUGUUCUUGAUUGCUUUCCUCAAAGGAUCGAUCUUGACAGCUUCUUGCUUGCUGUUCACUUGGCUAAAGAAGCAUCAGACCCUUUCUUUAGAGUCGGUUACAAUAGUUUGGGUGCUUUCGCCACGAUUAAUCAUCUGCACUUCCAGGCAUAUUACUUGGCCGCAACUUUCCUAGUUGAGAAAGCUCCAAGUAAAAAAAUAAUGAUUGUGGAAGGUUCAGAAGGUAGAGGAGUGAUUGUGUCGCAGCUGAAUUAUCCGGUACGAGGUCUUGUCUUUGAAGGUGGAAAUACAAUGCAAGAUCUCUCUGAUUCAGUUGCUAGUUCUUGCAUUUAUCUCCAGAACAACAAUGUUGCCUUCAAUGUGCUGAUUGCUGAAUGCGGAAGAAGAGUCUUCCUGUUUCCCCAGUGUUACGCAGAGAAACAAGCACUUGGUGAAGUAAGCCAGGAGCUUCUCGACAUUCAAGUAAAUCCAGCUGUUUGGGAAAUCAGUGGACAUAUAGUGCUAAAGAGAAGAAAGGAUUUUGAGGAUGCAUCAGAAAUAUCUGCGUGGCGACUGCUUGCCGAGGUUUCCCUAUCAGAAGAGAGGUUCAAAGAGGUUAAAGCCUGCAUUUUAGAAGCAGCAGGCUUUCAGGAGGAAGUUCUGGCGGAGAAUAACAGAAAUCAUGCGGAGGAAUCAAUCUGCAGUGACCAACAAUCUCCAAAAGCUAUCUCGCAUUUACUUCAAGAUUGUGCAGUUUUUCACUGAAAGAGUAUGCAAGGUUCAAUUAUUCAAACUUCACAUCUUCUACAACAACUUCCAAUAUGUGAUUCCAGUUUUGGGAAAUUUUUUUGUCCUGCAUUACUGGGUGCGAGAAACUAAUUGUCUAGCAGUUCUAUUUUUUUGAGCUAGAACCAGGUGACUUGACGUUUCUUGGAUUAUUGUACAUAACAUUGGAUUAGUUAACAGUGCUGAUUUCAUCAGUGGAAAAACACAGAUCCUGACUGGAUUUCUUGUA